AUGGCUCUCACUGGACUGCUCACAGAGGACCCUGGGCCUGAUGGCUUCCCCUGUAAUACCGCUGGGCCUGCUCCAUAUGUGGCUCCUUACAGGCACUAUGUCGUUGGAUUCAGGUUGUGGUCUCUUUAUAAGAUGGUUGAGACACCACCUUCUAUGGGCUCAGUGCAACCAGUGCUCAUUGAGGGUGGUGCACAUUCCAGGCAGACUGAACCAGGGAUUGGACAUGCUGUCAGAGGGCAAUUUUUUCAAAGCUCUACUAAUUUUUUUUUCUUUUUUUCAGGGAUCCAGUUCCGUCUCCCUACUGCCUGUAGUGUGGAUCAAACAGAAACCCCAACUCCAGCGGUAGUGACAUAUACGCCUGGCUACAAGAAGACCCCUCCACCUGUUCCUCCUCGUUCCACCACUAAGCCAGUGAUUUCUGUAACAGCCCAGAGCAGCACCGAGUCGACGCAGGAUGCUUACCAUGAGGGUCGGCCCUCACGGGGAGGGCUUUGGGCCACAGAUAGCCUCGGCCGGGUCAUCUACACCUCCACCGACAGCCUGGAUAGCGCAAAAGCAGUGACCCUAGCAAUGGAAACCGCACCCAAGCGUCUCACUUCUGCGGGGAGCUACAGCUCCGUUCAGACCUGCGAUAAGGCCAUCCUGGUGUCCAAAGCAGAGGAAUACCUCAAGACUCCGCGCUCUUCCAUCGGGAUACAGGUGGAAGCGGCCACAGAUUCUGAGACAGAUAGUAAAGGUCUCCCACAGUAUCACUCCGUGGGUAUCCAGGUGGAGGACGAGAAGAGAAUUGGCCGCUUUAAACGGUCCAACAGUGUGACGACAGCAGUUCAGGCCGAUUUGGAGCUGGAGGGGUUUCCUUCGACCGAAGACAAGAGUCUGCAGUUUGGAGGAUUUCAGCGGCAUUCUGAACCCAGUACGCCCACACAGUACAACGCGGUCCGGACCGUACGAACACAGGGCCUUUUUAGCUACCGUGAGGACUACCGACCCUCCAGCGGGCCGCCCAGUCCGCAGCCCGAGCCCUGGCUGGUGGAGCCCGCCCAUGAAGCAGCCGAGUCCGGCCGAGUGUCGCCACUCCACCGCGACGGCAGCUGGUUCAUGCAGCUUCUGCACAGCGAAACCAAACGGUUGGAGGGAUGGUGCAAAGACAUGGAGCGUGAGGCGGAGGAGCACGACCUGUCCGAGGAGAUUCUUGGGAAGAUCCGGAGUGCUGUGGGCAGUGCUCACCUCCUCAUGUCCCAGAAAUUCCAGCAGUUUUACUGGUUGUGUCAGCAAAAUCUGGACCCCAGCGCUAUGCCCCGCCCCACGGCUCAGGACCUGGCCGGGUUCUGGGACCUCCUGCAGCUCUCCAUCGAUGAUGUCACUGCCAAGUUUGAUGAGCUGCAGCAAAUCAAGAGAAAUGAGUGGAGGAUAGUGGAGAGUCCAGAGAAGAAGGAAAGAAAAUGGCCCCCUCCUGUUACAAAGAGGCCUCCUAAGGGUCGUGGAGCUGUCAUGCGUGAUCGAUCCCUGGAUCUGCAGGACCGACAGAGGCAAGAGGCUCGCCGCAGACUCCUGGCUGCAAAACGGGCUGCUUCGUUCCGUCAGAGCUCAGUUACAGAGCGGGCAGACAGCAUAGAGAUCUACAUCCCUGAAGCCCAAACCCGUUUAUGAAACACGUAUAUACUAUGCCUCACCAGUGCGCUUCACCAACAGGGUACACCCAUUCUGCUCCAUGUCACCGCUGCACUCGUUCACAUUCUCACAUCUGUUACAAGUAUUCUUCCUCUGCUCAUCAUCUACUCUGAGCUGAGAAUAGUGGUGAGUUUAUAUAUGCCUCAAACAGAGCUCAAUGCAAAGAAGUCUUGGCAGUCUAUGCACUCCGAGACCUGCAGCUACUGCAACCCAGUUUGUAUACCGGUUUUAGGACAUUCAGAGGCCAAAACUAAGGCUUUGUUCACACUGCACAUAAAUCUGAUUUGGUUUUCACAUCCCAGUUUUAGUACACAGUUUCGGAGACAGUUGCAAUAGUAGUGAUUAUGAGCAUCAGCAUGAUGCAAAGAGGACAGUUAUCAUGACAUCUUGCCACGGUGCUGAACUCAUGAGAUGCGUGAGAGCGAUUAGCUCAUAUUAGCAAUUCUUAUUAACAUUCAUGCAUAUGCUGUGUCCAAAAUCACUUACUCACUAUUAAUGACAUGGAGCCAUAGGGAUAUGCUGAUGGAAAUUAUAUUUCAAUGCUUUUAUGUUCUCUCGCCAAAACUUUGCUUGCAAACGUUACACUCCCGACUUUGCAUUUUAUCACAACACUGUUGUGUUUUAUCUUUUUUUUUUUUUCAUUAUGGUCAGAACAUUUGCAUUUCCCCUAAGGAGCUUUGCAUUUUCUAACAAAACAUUUUGUUCCCUUAGAGAACUUUUCUGUUCCCCUGAGAAACUUUGCGCUCUCUCAAAAAACAUUUACGUUUUUCUAAAAAGCAUUUUUUGUGCAAAACGUUAGUGCUUCUCACUAAACUUUUGCUUUCCCUUAAAGGGUUAGUUCAUC